AUGGCCUCCAUCUUCACCUAUGACCCGGAUCCUCCCAGGGUCUCUUCUCCUUGGUCCACAUCUGGGUCAUCCACUCCUCAGGCGGCGGGAACUGGUGCUCGCACCGUGCCCCGAGACCGUUCCAGUACCAACCUUGGUCGACCAGAUGUCGAUGUCCUCUCGGACUAUGGCAUCACCAAGCUAGAGCCCGAGCCGCAAGAGGGCCCCACCGAGUACAAGUUACACCUCCUCUUGCGUCAGCGCCGGCUGUACACGUCCAUGUCAACCGGCCAUGUGGUUGGUGGCUCUUAUCAUUCUCGGGUCCCUCUUUCGACUCCGAGUCCGACUCCUUCGAGUUUCGAGCUAAGCUCGAGCUCCAAGCCGCAGACACGCUCUCCCCAAAGCCGUCAGCAACGCCUUCAACAGUUGACGACUCAGCUGCUCUGGCGCCUGCAACAGUCGUCGCCGUUUCAUUCCUCAACGGCAGCCAGUCUGGUGCUCCCUGUGCUCCCCGAGACCAUAUCCCAGUCGGGGGCCCUGCAGAAGCCGGCCCGCCUGCUUCCUGGGCUCGAGGAAAGCCAAGGCGCGCUGUAUGAGAUUGGCGUGGCCGACGAUGGCACCUUUGUCGGGCUUACCAAGGACGAGCUCGAGGAAAGUUUGGCCAACCUGCAGGUCAUGGCGGCUAGUUUGGGAUGUAAAGUUGAGAUUCUCCGCCGUGUCAUCGUUGGCAACUGCGAGUGGACGGAAGACUCCGAUGCAGGCAACAUUGAUGUUGGCAAAGUCCAUGCGGAAAGCCUCUGGGUUGCUGAAGCGCUCGUGAGUCCGGACUGGGACUACUACCGGGUGGAGUCCCCGAAGCGUGCACCCCGGGAUGGCGAGUCAACGAAGAAUGGGACGCCGAGGGAGGGGUUGUCGGAGGAUGCCCAUUCGUGCACAGAGCAACUUCGAAUCUCCAUCACCGGACCGACCACUGCAGGGAAGUCGUCCCUUUUAGGUACCUUGACUUCGUCUGUACUUGAUAAUGGGAGAGGCACGAGCAGACUUGGACUGCUGAAGCACCGCCAUGAGAUUUCGUCGGGGAUUACCAGUUCCGUCGCGCAUGAAUUGAUCGGAUAUGCCGCAAAGAAGCCGACCUCUUCUGGAGUCGACGUGAUUAACUACGCGUCGGGCAAUGUUGCCGCCUGGGAUGAUGUCCACGCGGCUUCUGCAGGGGGGCGUUUGGCCUUUGUAUCUGACCUUCCCGGCUCCAUACGUUAUGUAAAAUCGGCUCUGCGUGGACUCAUUAGCUGGGCGCCGCACUAUGUUUUACUAUGUAUCCCAGCGAACUGCGACGAUGGAAAUACUCGGGAGUCGCUGAACGGGGCGGCAGAGCAGGCCACCGACAUCAAUCUGGCUUUAGCAUACCUGGAGCUCUGCAUGAAAUUGGACGUGCCUACUAUUAUCGCCAUUACCAAAAUGGAUCUUGCGUCGCUCACGCUGCGAGCCAAUCUUGCCAAAGUCCUGUCGGCGCUGAAGAGUGCCGGGAAGAAGCCUGCGAUGCUCCCUAUUCAAUCUGUGACGUCGGACACGCCGGUGGAUCUACACCACAUUGGACAAAAAGAUGUUGAGGGGGUUCAGAAAAUCAUAGCCGCGACCGACAACUGGUCCAGCACCGUCCCGAUUGUUCUCACCAGCGCAGUCGAUGGUUCGGGGAUCGGAAAGAUACAUUCUUUCCUUCGGUAUCUUCCGAUCCCAUCCAGGCCUCCAUCGCGAACCAUAUCCCUGCCCAAGACGCUAACAACCCCUCCUAUGCCUGCUACAGUCUUUGAUGUCGACGAGGUGUUUGCCAUUCCCCCAUCGAAGGUCUACUCGGCAUCUUCACAGACCCGCAAAGAGAACAAUGGCGUUGUACUGUGUGGACUGGUUCGGUACGGUGCGAUCUCAACAGGAGACGAGCUCAUGCUCGGGCCGUUGCUUGUCAGCACAUCGUCCGAUGACGGGGACAAAACUCGGUCGGACCAGGGAGGAGAGGCUCAGCAAUCUACUUCCUAUCGCAGUCGGCCGUCUUCCGGGGACUUCUCCGCCUCCUUUGUUCAGGGGCUGAUGUCGGGGAAGGCAAACGCCCCUGUCCAAGCCCAGUGGCAACGAGUCCGGGUCGUCAGCGUGCGAAACCUUCGACUGCCGGUCCAGAAACUGACCGAAGACCAGGUUGGAACCAUCGGAGUCGAGCCUCUUCCGUGCUCUGAAGAUGGAACACCCACAAGACUCGGUAAAAUCCGCAAAGGCACUGUACUUGUGAGUUUGCCCGCUGCGGCCACUUCUGUGCCAAGAUCGCUGUGCUUCCACCGCGGAUUCGUUGCUAGCUUUGCUGCGAGUGAAUUCUCGUCUUCACUGUCCCCACCUCUACUGUUGGGAGGCAAUGCUAUAGUGUAUCUUGCCAAUAUACGCUCUACAGUGAAGGUGACAUGUAUGGCACUUGCUGAAGACGAAGUCGUAUCGUCUCCCCCGUCGCCAACCGAACCGGAAUUCUUCAAUUUCGAUGGAGACGGCGAGGGGGAGAACACAAACAGGCCGGAAGUGAACGAUGUAGUCCGAACGUCUGGCAACGUUGGACAUGGAGACGUCCGGAUUACUUUUUCCUUUGUCACCUCGGUGGAAUGGGUGGAGGUUGGGUCCCGUGUGCUUCUGAUGCCUGGAGCAUCCGCUGCAUUGGCGUCCGCGCAGAACAGUGGACAUUAUGGAGAGUAUCUGUAUGAAGUCUUCGAUUUAGUGAAUCUGAUACCCGAGUGCACCGGCACUGGCAGCUACAAGCGGUGA